AUGGAAGAUCGCCCACCCGGUUUUAGAUUCUACCCAACAGAAGACGAAUUGGUUUCGUUUUAUCUGCAUAACAAGCUAGAAGGAAGGAGACAAGAUCUCCACCGGGUUAUACCUGUUGUCGAUAUCUACGACUACAACCCAUGGGACCUCCCACAAUUUGCAGGAGAGCUUUGUCAAGGAUACACUGAGCAGUGGUUCUUCUUCAUCCCUAGACAAGAGAAAGAGACCCGUGGAGGAAGACCGAAUAGGCUUACGGCUUUCGGAUACUGGAAAGCUACUGGAUCUCCGGGGUCUGUUUUCUCCGAUAAUAAUCGAAUAAUUGGAAUGAAGAAAACAAUGGUUUCUACACAGGAAGAGCUCCAAGUGGAAGGAAGACUGAAUGGAAGAUGA